AUGUCUGAGAUAAAAGACUUGGCCUUAGCAUACAAUAUAAUUGGAGAGCUUUAUCUUAAAAUCAACCAGGUUUUUAAUUUUAUAAUGCUUAUAGGCGUGAUUGGUGCAUUCUCAUAUGUGGUUAUAACAAUAUGGGCCACUCUGUACUAUCACAGAUUAGGAGGUCCUAUUUACGCGAGUAUGUCGUUACUGAGUACGACAGUCUGGGUUGUAAAUGAGUCUGUUUCAACUUUUAUCAUUUGCAUCGUAUGUGAUUGGUUCAGCUCUUCACGGAAAGUGACCAGAUCACUGCUUGCUGAAAUAAUCAUUGAUUAUGAACAGGCUACUUCGGUAAGGGCCGCGGCCAAGUCAUUUAUGGAACUAGUUAGUGCCUGGCCGUUGCAAAUGAUUGUAUACGACAUGUUCCAGGUCGAUAUUUCCUUAAUCUUGAAAUUUGUCAGCACUUGCACCACAUAUCUUAUCAUUAUGCUGCAAUUUAUACAUUUCGUUUAAUUCUUCUCUGAAGAUCUCUGUCAAAUAUUAUGAAGUAAAUAUAAAA